UCAGUUGUUGAUUUUCUGCUCUACUAUUUGUAGGCUGAUAAAUUUUUCUAUGUGAACGUAUUUAGAAAACGCUUAAAUUGCAGUGAAAAUAAAUUAGAUUAAAAAGCAGUCAUUGCUUAAAAGGAGCAUUUUAUGGUGACGUAGCAUUGAUGAACAAAAAAAAAACUUCCACAUUCCAAUUAGACUGUUUCGUUGAAGUGUUAUGUAUAGAAAUUACUUCAUGUACACGAAUUCGUUAAAAAUGUCAAGAUAAGAAGAAGCAGCAGAAGUAGAAUUAACGGACGACAACGAAUGGUAAAAUAAAAGGCACAACAAAGCAAGGAACGAAAAAUCGAAAUCAGUCGAGGGCGAAUCGAAAUCGUGAUAGAUACCAAAGAAGUGGAUGUGAGGAAAGAACGUAUAAUUUUUUCUCCAAUAAUUCCAUGAAAAAGAGUUGAAAAUUAAAAUUUUAAUAAAAAUUAACUAACUAAUAUAGAAAACUAGUGGACAUUGUCGUGUUGAGGCGGUGGAGUGCACAGAAUUACGCGUGGUGUAUUGCUAGUGACAAAUAGUGUAGAUAUCGAAGGAAGAAAAAAUUGUCAAGAAAAAAGUGGGCGCAGUAUAAGCGUAAUCGCUUGUGCAGUGUGUGCGAAAAUUUCUGGACACCCCAGUAUGGUGUCACAAAUUUACUGAAAUUUAAGUGUUAAUUAAAAAAAAAACGCAUACAUUUAAUAGGUAGACAUUUUAAUUGAGUUAGAUAAAACAACAACAGCAAGAAACUCGAUAUAACGCACAGCCGUAGACACGCAGUAAUCAGUGGCCGUAAGGCAGCCACCAUUCCAGUCAGGGCAUCAGCGGCCCAAGUAGCACAACCAGCAGCAAAAUGGAACAAUUAAUUCCGAUUGUAAAUAAGCUUCAAGAUGCAUUCACGCAAUUGGGCGUGCAUAUGCAGCUUGAUCUGCCACAGAUUGCCGUCGUAGGCGGUCAAUCCGCCGGAAAGAGUUCUGUAUUGGAGAAUUUCGUUGGCAAAGAUUUUCUGCCUCGUGGCUCUGGUAUUGUAACACGUCGACCAUUGAUCUUGCAACUAAUUAACGGUAUUACUGAAUAUGGCGAAUUUUUGCAUUGCAAGGGUAAGAAAUUCACCAAUUUCGAUGAGAUCCGCAAAGAGAUCGAAGAUGAGACGGAUCGUGUGACCGGCAGCAACAAGGGCAUAUCCAAUAUUCCAAUUAAUUUGCGCGUCUACUCACCGCACGUACUCAAUUUGACACUCAUCGAUUUGCCCGGUCUUACCAAGGUGGCGAUCGGUGAUCAGCCAGUUGAUAUUGAACAGCAAAUCAAAGGAAUGAUUUUUCAAUUUAUCCGCAAAGAAACUUGUCUCAUUUUGGCUGUAACGCCAGCCAAUACGGAUUUAGCCAAUUCCGAUGCUUUAAAAUUGGCCAAAGAGGUGGAUCCACAGGGUGUGCGCACGAUCGGUGUGAUCACCAAACUCGAUCUGAUGGACGAAGGUACAGAUGCGCGCGACAUUCUAGAGAAUAAACUAUUGCCGUUGCGACGCGGUUACAUUGGUGUGGUGAAUCGUUCACAAAAGGAUAUUGAGGGACGCAAGGAUAUCCAUCAGGCGUUGUCAGCUGAACGCAAAUUCUUCCUUAGUCAUCCAUCAUACCGGCAUAUGGCCGAUCGUUUGGGUACACCAUAUCUACAGCGUGUACUCAAUCAGCAGUUGACCAAUCACAUUCGUGAUACGCUUCCCGGUUUGCGUGAUAAGUUGCAAAAACAAAUGCUGACAUUGGAAAAGGAUGUGGAACAAUUCAAGCACUUCAGACCCGAUGAUCCCAGCAUUAAGACAAAGGCGAUGUUGCAGAUGAUUCAACAACUGCAGUCUGAUUUUGAACGCACCAUUGAAGGUUCCGGCUCAGCAUUGGUCAAUACAAAUGAGCUAUCAGGAGGUGCUAAAAUAAAUAGGAUUUUCCAUGAACGUUUACGCUUUGAAAUUGUGAAAAUGGCUUGUGAUGAAAAAGAGUUGCGCCGCGAAAUCUCAUUCGCCAUUCGUAAUAUUCAUGGUAUUCGUGUGGGCCUGUUCACACCCGACAUGGCUUUUGAGGCGAUUGUCAAACGUCAAAUUGCACAACUAAAGGAGCCGGUCAUCAAGUGUGUCGAUCUAGUCGUACAGGAGUUGUCUGUUGUGGUGCGCAUGUGCACAGACAAGAUGUCUCGCUAUCCACGCUUGCGUGAGGAAACCGAACGCAUCAUCACUACACACAUACGCCAGCGUGAACAGUACUGUAAGGAGCAAAUUCUGUUACUCAUCGAUUUCGAAUUGGCCUACAUGAAUACCAAUCAUGAGGAUUUCAUUGGCUUUGCAAAUGCUCAGAAUAAAUCUGAAAAUGCCAAUAAGACUGGCACACGCCAGUUGGGCAAUCAGGUUAUACGCAAAGGCUAUAUGGUCAUACAAAAUUUGGGCAUUAUGAAAGGCGGUUCGCGUCCCUAUUGGUUUGUCCUGACAUCGGAGAGUAUUUCCUGGUACAAGGAUGAGGAUGAGAAGGAGAAGAAAUUUAUGUUGCCGUUGGAUGGUUUGAAAUUACGCGAUAUUGAACAGGGCUUCAUGUCAAUGUCAAGACGUGUCACAUUUGCUUUAUUCAGUCCAGAUGGACGUAAUGUUUAUAAGGAUUACAAACAACUCGAGCUUUCUUGUGAGAACGUUGAAGAUGUGGAAUCGUGGAAGGCCUCAUUCCUACGCGCCGGCGUCUAUCCUGAGAAACAAGUGGCACAGGAAAAUGGUGAUGAGCAGGAAGGACAAGAGUCUGCCAACGAAGAGAGCGCAUCAGAUCCACAGCUGGAGCGUCAAGUGGAGACCAUUCGCAAUUUGGUAGAUUCGUACAUGAAGAUCGUCACAAAGACCACACGUGAUAUGGUACCGAAAUCUAUAAUGAUGUUAAUCAUUAAUAAUACAAAAGAUUUCAUCAACGGCGAGCUGUUGGCGCAUUUGUAUGCCACUGGAGAUCAGGCACAAAUGAUGGAAGAGUCCGCGGAGUCGGCCACAAAACGCGAAGAGAUGUUGCGCAUGUAUCAUGCCUGCAAGGAAGCGCUACGAAUUAUUGGUGAUGUAUCGAUGGCCACAGUGUCAUCACCUUUACCACCACCUGUCAAAAAUGAUUGGUUGCCCAGCGGUCUGGAUAAUCCACGUCUCUCGCCACCCAGUCCUGGUGGUCCACGCAAGCCUGCACCUACAUCACAGGGCUCUUUAGGCAGCGCCGGUGGUCGCGGUCCACCGCCACCACCUGCUUCAGGGCGCCCAGCGCCAGCGAUUCCCAAUCGCCCAGGCGGCGGUGCUCCACCAUUGCCAGGCGGUCGUCCUGGCGGUGCUCUGCCACCACCACUACUACCUUCACGUCGCUAAAUUAUUACAUAAUCGCACCUUAAAUUAUACACAUAUAUUUACAAAUACCUUAACAUUACAUACAAACUAAAUUAAUUAACUCAAACUUAUUUAAGCAAUUAUCGGCAUCUCAAUGUAAGCAUUCAAUGAAAAAAAUGGCAAUAAAAUAAAUUCAAUAAAACAAAACCGCAACAACAAAACACCCAAAUAUAAAUAUGAUCCCAAAAGCAAAGUUGAUUUUUGCCAUAUGCAAACGAAGUAAGUGAAAGAAAAGUCCACUCAAAUUUAUAGUUGGUGUUGCCACUUUGCAUUUUUGCAGCAGCAAAUUGAACUUAAACAGAAAUAUAUAUAUAUACAAAUGCAUAUAUGAAGUUAUUAGUGUAAGAUUAGCGUGUUACUGCAGGAAAUUUAUUAUUUGCAUUGAGUUGUUUUGUAAAAUCGCAUAAUUAGAGCCGCGCUUAUUGCAAACUGAAAAAAAAAUAUAUAUAUAUCAAUGAAAUAUCACCCCCAAAGCUAUAAAAAUAAAAAUAAUAAUGUUAAAAAUAGUAGUUAAAAAGAAAAUCAACUAAAUAUACUAUAUAAAUAAUCACUAAAGAUGUUUGCCAUUAUUUCUAGGCAUAUUGUUGUUAAUUAUUGUAAUAAAAAUAUGCAAUAAAAGUUAAAUAUAAAAAAACAGUACACACAACAUGA